CAUUAUUGAGUACGCUACGUUGGCUGCUUGUAUCGUCACGCCUUUUGUUGGAGGGGUUCUCUGUUCCUCAAUCGUCAAACGCAACAUGGAAUGGGCUCAAGGCCUUAAGCGAUCGUCCAUGACCCCGCCUGCCUGGGUCUUUCGUCCGAUGUGGACUAUUCUCUAUGUCUUACUUGGAGUCGCCUCGCACAUGGUAAUCAAGGAGGCUGAUCAACAGGAUCUUCGGCUUCUGCUGGCUGUCUAUGGUGUCAAUCUGCUUUUGAAUUGGCUCUGGACACCAGUCUUCUUCAAGCUGCACCGCCUCAAGACGGCAAGUUCAUCCAUUUCCUUUUCGUUCUCCGCGGCUAUAAUUUUCGUCACGAUGCUCAGUGCCGUGGGUUGCUGCGCCCUGUUUCACAAGGUCAACCCUACCGCCGGUCUGCUGCUGUUGCCCUACGUCAUAUGGUUGAUUCUCGCCUGCGUAUUUAGCGUUCGCACAGCUGCACUCAAUCCCUGCCUCCUUCCAAAGGAAGCACCUUAG